ACUAUAAAUACCACACAGAAACCUUCUUCUUCAAAUCAUCAUCUUACAAUGGCGUCUUCACCUUUCAUCUCCCUUCUUCUUCUCUUGAUCAUCUCACUCUCAUCAUCCUCGUUUGCUCAACCAUCAUUCCGACCAAAAGCGCUAGUUCUCCCCGUCACCAAAGACCAAACCACCCUCCAGUACACCACUGUCAUCAACCAGCGCACUCCUCUCGUCCCCGCCUCCGUUGUCUUCGACCUCGGUGGUCGUAAUCUCUGGGUAGACUGCGACAGAGGUUACGUCUCCUCCACUUACCGCUCCCCUCGCUGCCGCUCCGCCGUGUGCUCACGCGCCGGCUCAGACGGCUGCAGCCAGUGCUUCUCUCCUCCAAGACCCGGCUGUAACAACAACACGUGCAGCGGAACUCCCGACAACACUGUCACCAGAACCGCGACUUCCGGCGAAAUCGCUGCAGACGAAGUGUCUAUCCAGUCCACCAACGGAUCCAACCCGGGUCGGAUCGUUCAAAUCCCCGACUUGGUUUUCGUUUGCGGGGCAACGUUUCUGCUCCAAGGACUCGCUAGUGGAACCGUCGGUAUGGCUGGGAUGGGACGCCACAACAUCGGUUUACCGUCUCAGUUCGCCGCCGCGUUUAGCUUUAACCGGAAGUUCGCCGUCUGUCUCACUUCCGGUAGAGGCGUCGCUUUCUUCGGUAACGGACCUUACGUGUUCCUCCCCGGGAUUCCGAUCUCCACCGUCGCCACCACGCCGUUGCUCAUCAACCCGGUGAGCACUGCGUCUGCGUUUCCAUCAGGGGAGAAGUCCUCUGAGUACUUCAUCGGCGUGACGGCGAUCAAAAUCGACGAGAAGACAGUUCCGAUCAACGCCACGCUCUUGAAAAUCGACGGGACCACCGGAGUCGGAGGAACCAAGAUCAGCACGGUGAAUCCGUACACGGUGUUGGAGACGUCGAUAUACAACGCAUUCACAUCUGCAUACGCCAGAGAAGCCGCCGGGAGGAACAUCACUCGAGUUGCGUCUGUUGCUCCGUUCGGCGCGUGUUUCAGCACGGAGAACAUCGGAGUAACGCGCCUGGGAUAUGCUGUGCCGGAGAUUCAGCUUGUGCUUCACAACAACGACGUCGUUUGGAGGAUCUUCGGAGCUAACUCCAUGGUGAGCGUCAGUGAUGACGUCAUCUGUUUGGGUUUCGUCAACGGAGGAGUCAACGCGCGAACCUCUGUGGUAAUCGGAGGGUACCAGCUGGAAGAUAAUUUGAUUGAAUUCGAUUUGGCGAGUAACAGAUUUGGGUUUAGUUCCACAUUACUGGGCCGUCGCACUAAUUGUGCCAACUUCAAUUUCACUUCCACUGCAUAAUUAAUUCUAUUUGAUCAUAUAUUCUUAAAAAUAAAGGUUGUAGGCAAAUUUUACUACUUUAUUUGAAUAAUGUUGUAAUGUUUGAAUAUAAUAUACACUUUAGAUUUUGAAUAAUGUUGUAAUGUUUGAAUAUAAUAUAGUAAUAUACAUACAAUGUAGUUGUUGUUAAUUUA